AUGGAGUACUUCAACUUCGAGGAUGCUUCGAAUCUCCCUCCCUUUGACUUGGAUGAGGUCUCCUCGUUGACAGGCGAAGUCAACGAACAAGAGGCCAAUGACUGCUAUGAGUCUCUAUUCUUCGAUAAAACAAAUGUCCUACCAACAUCUCGACCAACAACUCAGGGUCCCAUGAAACUCAAACUAGUCAAUAACGUCGAAAUCGAAGUCAUCCCACAUACCGCUGAUGUCUCGGCAGACUACCCGAUGUUUCGUGCCAAAGAUCCGUGCGACCUAUGUUCAAGGAUGGGACUAGACUGCUUUUUGGCUACAAGAGGAGCCAUGGUGACAGGCUGCACUUGCUGCAUCUCUCUGUACCGUGAAUGCAGUUUCGUUCACCCCAAGAUUCCAAAAGGAUUCGUGAGCACUUUUCCUGGUAUCUCCGAAGACUUCCAAGUCUGUGAAGGCUCUUUGACCGAGAGAAGGAAGGCAAUGAGAUCGAUGGAGGAAGGCCGAGGCCGCAAGACAGGUGCUCGAUUCCCUCGAGAUGCUGUCAAGAUUUUGAAGCAGUGGCUUGCAGACCAUGCUGACCACCCAUAUCCAAAUGAGAGAGAAAAAGACGAACUUAAGCAACUUACUGGUUUGAAGCGGAGUCAAAUUUCCAACUGGCUUGCGAAUGCUCGCAGGAGAGGAAAAGUCCGACCAGCCAACUCAGAUCCUUCAUCUCCUAUGCUCGGUGCCAUCGAUAUUCCUCAAAGGCGUGAAAACACGGAUGUUGCGGACCUCAAUCCCCUAGACAGAUGGAAGGCUUCUCCACCGGAAAACGAACCUGCAUCAAUGACUGCCAUUGCCAGAGCCGUCACUUCCACACCCCUCCCCGUACGCAACCCAUCAGUAACUAGCCUUCAAGGUUCUCGACCGAAUUCCAAGAAAGCUUCUAGCGAAGAUAGUUCCUCUUUCUCCAUGUUCCGAGCCCCCUCCGUGAGCAGUUUUGAAACCCGAGAAUCCAGCAAUAGUGACCUUACAUUUGCCUCUUCGAGGUCGAAUCGAUCCAAGGGUUCGUUUGCUUCGUCCCAAGAUCGACGAAGGCGCAGAAGAGCCCCAAUGCCACAACGCGCUGCUGCACAACAAGCCAAAUCGAGGAGUGCGAGAAUCUUCCAAUGCACCUUCUGCACAGACUCUUUCCCUGCUAAGUACGAUUGGCAGCGGCAUGAAAAAUCGUUGCACCUUGCACUCGAACGAUGGACCUGUUGUCCUGAUGGCGGAAUCAUGACCGAUCCACAAACUGGUGUUCAACAAUGUGCGUUCUGUCGACGCCCAAAUCCUGAUACAGACCAUUUAGAAUCUCAUAAUUUCAACGCCUGUCAAGAGAAGACACUACAAGAACGAACCUUCUAUCGGAAGGAUCAUCUCAGUCAGCACCUGAAGUUAAUGCACAAUGCGAAAGUUCAAUCACAUAUGGACAAGUGGAAGAGUAACACCAACGAGAUCAAAUCCUCGUGCGGAUUCUGUCCAUCCAAGUUCACCACUUGGCAGCAACGAGCGGACCAUCUCGCUGCCCACUUCAGAAAUGGAGCAGACAUGAGCAUGUGGGCCAAUGGUUGGGGGUUCGAACUCUAUGUGGAAAGACUGGUUGAAAAUGCCAUUCCUCCAUAUCUUAUUGGACAUGAGAAGAAUUCCAUGGAGCCAUAUGUCGCCAGAGCUCAGAGAACUCCUUCAUGCACAACCGAUACCGGACUCACAACCGGAACAUCUGCUGAAAGCACGGAACCCGACCAGCUGACGAAAGAUUCCAAUUGCUGGGGCAGACUCGAGCAAGAAUUGGUCAAGUUCGUCUUGCGAUGUCGAGGCGCAGGAACCGUUCCAAGUGACAAGGAGCUCCAGGACCAAGCACGCAUGAUCAUAUAUGAGGACAAUGAUCCGUGGAAUUGGACAGCAGCGGAUAAUCAAGAAUGGCUCGAUACCUUCAAGUACCAGAAUGGAAUCGGAACGUUCACGGAGACGAUGGCCACUCACGCACUGGCCGAAGUUCCCAUUAUGGCACCGUAUGUGAUUAAAGGAGGUCUGAAGAACAAGUCAGUCAGCGGGGGGGGAGGUGCUCACCACCCGCGCAAGAGCGUUUCCUCCAAUUCCAAUUCCAACCCGACGCCCGAGUGCGGCAGUCUCCCUAAUUCCGCCGGCAUCAACGCCACCUUCGAUCAAAACAUGGACUUUGACUUCGACAGCAUCGAUUUCAGCGGCCUCGAUCUGGGCAUGAUGGACGACAUGAAUUUCGAAAGCGGCCUAGACGGCCAACAACUUGUUGCUACUGGAGAUCUGAAUAUGAUGCCAGCAACCACUGGACAAUUCUCAUCAAGCAUUCCCAUCGAUCCAAUAUUCGGAUCCUACGAUCCCAACAACUUGACAAUAGAUAUGAACGCAGGACUGUCGCCCCAGCUGCCGCAAAAGGAGCAGCCUCUGAAUACAGAUUUCAUGACCGAGCAGGACUUGAAUCAUUUGACGGGGUACAUGGCAGGAUUCAAUUGA